AUGGCCGCCCUGCUCUCCUGCCCUCGUGCUGGGCCUGGAGCUUCAUGGCGCGUGGCCUCGAGCCUCCUGCUCCUGCUCCUUCUGCCCCCGGCUCAGAGUAUGGCCAUAGCCCACAGGCAUCCUGAGAGGCAGGCGGUCACCCUGAGCCAUGUCGUGGCUUGUGGCCAGCGUCACAUGCAGGGGAAGGUUUUAGGGGGCGUGGACGCCCCUGAGAAGAAGUGGCCGUGGCAGGUCAGCGUGCACUACGCGGGCUUGCACGUCUGUGGUGGGUCCAUCAUCAAUGAGUACUGGAUCCUAUCGGCCGCCCACUGCUUCGGCAGGGACAAAGACAGUGAGGCAUUUGACAUGUAUGUGGGCCUUGUGGACCUCAAGGUUGCAGGCAAUCACACCCAGUGGUUUGAAGUGAAUAAGGUAAUCCUGCAUCAUACGUACGAAUUGUAUCACCCUGUUGGAGGUGACGUCGCUCUAGUGCAGCUGAAAAGCCCAAUUGUAUUUUCUGACUCUGUACUCCCUGUUUGCAUCGCAUCUCCAAACAUGAACUUUCAGAACAUUUCCUGCUGGGCUACAGGAUGGGGACUCAUAUCCCAAAAAGGUGACACCUCAGACUACCUGCAGGAGGUGCAGCUGCCUCUGAUCCCAUUUGCCCUGUGCCAGGUGUUCUAUGGACACACAUACCUUCUGCCAGACAUGAUGUGUGCUGGGGAUCCCGGGAAUUUGAAGACCAUGUGCGAGGGUGACUCUGGGGGUCCACUCGUCUGUGAAUUUAACCACAUCUGGGUGCAAAUUGGAAUAGUGAGCUGGGGCCGUGGUUGCAUGUUCCCUAUGUAUCCUGCAGUUUAUGCCCGAGUCUCUUAUUUCUCAGCAUGGAUCCAUCAUCAGGUGGAACACACACCCCCACCUCCGCAGCCCCUCCCCGCCCUCUCCUCCACUCUGGGGGCUGUUGUCAGUGUCCUUGUGACCAUACUGGUUAUCCUGCCAAUGUUGUGA